ACUUCAAGCUCAAGACUCGAGUCAGUACCGAGGUAUCCUUCUCCAGGCCAGGACGUCAUCUGGUGCUAUCGUUGGUUCCUGGUCCACCUCUGACCUAUCAUCGGAUUUUCAGACCAGGUCUUGUUCCAGUAACGGCGAUUCUAUUACGCACACGAGUAAUAAUAACAAGGUUCUUCCUCAGAUAUUCACGUGGAUAGCACCGCAGACUACAGCACUUGGAUCCAUCACAUUUCACGCAACGGUCGUUAUUGUGCAGACUCAAUACUAUGUCGAUAUACAAUCAUCUUCAGUCUCUCUCUUGCAAGUUGCUGCUUGUUCUUCAAACCCGUGUCUUAAUGGAGCUACAUGCCUCGAAAAUUCAUCUGGCAAUGGCUUCUUCUGCCAAUGUCCUGAAGGCUACGAGGGUACGACGUGUGAAACCCCAACAGCUGGGGCAUGUUCUUCAAGCCCGUGUAUCAAUGGAGGCACAUGUUUUGAACAGGACCAAGGGAAUGCUUUCUUCUGCUCUUGCCCUUCUGAUUAUCAAGGUACUCGGUGCGAGACAGCAGUUUCAGUAAUGGCAUGUUCGUCUGACCCUUGCAUGAAUGGAGGUACUUGCUUCGAGUCUGGAUCGCAGGGAGGAAUAGCCUACAUUUGCUCAUGUCCCGUAAACUUUUCCGGUGUUAACUGCGAAUUGGUAAAAACCGCCUGCUCAUCUCAACCUUGUGCAAACGGGGGCUCUUGUUUUGAAUUUCAAGCCGGUGUACGCUACGCCUGUAUUUGUCUCCCUGGUUUCACGGGCUUUAAUUGUGAUAUACAAGUGGUGCCUGUUGUUAAUGCUGCAUGUGCCUCUAACCCAUGCCCUGAUGAUGCUACAUGCCUGGAAGCAGCUGCUGGUCAAUCUGCAUUUCUUUGUCUUUGCUCAAACGGUGAUGUGGGUACACACUGUAAUAUUACUACAGAUCUCAGUCCUGUACUAGAUUGCUCUUCAAAUCCUUGUUCAAACGGAGCGACCUGUCUGGAUGCUACAGAUGGGAGCUCAUUUACAUGUCUUUGCCCAAAUGGUUCAUUAGGCGUUAACUGUGAAAUCCCUCCAGGCCCCCCUUCCUUUUCUUUUAGCUGCUCCUCAAAUCCUUGUCCUGAUGAUGCAACUUGCCUGGAAUCAGCGGGAGCUAACACCUACACCUGUCUUUGCCCGAAUGGUCAGGUUGGGAUGGACUGUCAUGUAACAGUCGUGGAAGGUUGUGACGCUCUCCCCUGUCAGAACGGAGGCUCCUGUUUCACCGCUGGAGCUGACCCAUCAAACUAUGUCUGUGGUUGCCCUGGCGGAUUCACAGGAACGAACUGCGAAUCAGUUGUCUUAGCAUGUUCAUCGGAGCCAUGUCAAAAUGGAGCGACUUGCAUGGAGGUUGAUCAAGGUUACGAAUGUCAGUGCGCCGCUGGAUAUGAUGGGGAUACAUGCGAGCUUAUUACACAAGAGCCAUCGUGUACGUCAAAUCCUUGUCAAAAUGGUGGAGCUUGCUUCCAGGCUGGAGCAGGAAAUGCAUAUAUAUGUCAAUGUGUGUCAGGGUUUACUGGAUCUAACUGUGAAAUCACAGAGCCAUCGUGUACAUCAAAUCCUUGUCAAAAUGAUGGUACAUGCUUCCAGGCUGGAGCAGGAAAUGCAUAUAUAUGUCAAUGUGUGUCAGGGUUUACUGGAUCUAACUGUGAAAUAACAGUAUCUUCAUGUUCAUCUAACCCCUGCCUUAAUGGAGCAACUUGUCUAGAAGCAGGAGCCGGUAACGGCUUCCUUUGCCAGUGUCCAGAAGGUCUUACAGGAACAAACUGCGAAACAGAAAUACUUGCAUGUUCUUCAAGCCCAUGUAUAAAUGGAGCUUCAUGCUUCGAGGCUGGAGCUGGUAAUGGUUACAUCUGUCAGUGCCCAACUGGUUAUACUGGAGCAAAUUGCGAAACAGAAGUACUCGCCUGUUCUUCAAGUCCAUGUCUGAACGGAGCUUCAUGUUUCGAGGCUGGAGCUGGUAAUGGUUACAUCUGCCAAUGUCCAGAAGGAUUCACUGGAACAAACUGUGAAACAGAAGUACUCGCCUGUUCUUCAAGCCCAUGUCUGAACGGAGCUUCAUGUUUGGAGGCUGGAGCUGGUAAUGGUUACAUUUGUCAGUGCCCAACUGGUUAUACUGGGACAAAAUGCGAAACAGAAGUACUCACCUGUUCUUCAAAUCCGUGUAUGAAUGGAGCUUCAUGUUUCGAGGCUGGAGCUGGUAAUGGUUACAUCUGUCAGUGCCCAACCGGUUAUACUGGAACAAAUUGCGAAACAGAAGUACUCGCCUGUUCUUCAAGCCCAUGUCUGAACGGAGCUUCAUGUUUCGAGGCUGGAGCUGGUAAUGGCUACAUUUGCCAAUGUCCUGCUGGUUAUACUGGAACAAACUGCGAAACAGAAGUACUCGCCUGUUCUUCAAAUCCGUGUAUGAAUGGAGCUUCAUGUUCUGAGGCUGGAGCUGGUAAUGGUUACAUCUGUCAGUGCCCAACUGGUUAUACUGGGACAAAUUGCGAAACAGAAGUACUCGCCUGUUCUUCAAAUCCGUGUAUGAAUGGAGCGUCAUGUUUCGAGGCUGGAGCUGGUAAUGGUUACAUCUGUCAGUGCCCAACUGGUUAUACUGGGACAAAUUGCGAAACAGAAGUACUCGCCUGUUCUUCAAAUCCGUGUAUGAAUGGAGCUUCAUGUUCUGAGGCUGGAGCUGGUAAUGGUUACAUCUGUCAGUGCCCAACUGGUUAUACUGGGACAAAUUGCGAAACAGAAGUACUCGCCUGUUCUUCAAAUCCGUGUAUGAAUGGAGCGUCAUGUUUCGAGGCUGGAGCUGGUAAUGGUUACAUCUGUCAGUGCCCAACUGGUUAUACUGGAACAAACUGCGAGACAGAAGUACUCGCCUGUUCUUCAAGCCCAUGUCUGAACGGAGCUUCAUGUUUCGAGGCUGGAGCUGGUAAUGGCUACAUUUGCCAAUGUCCUGCUGGUUAUACUGGAACAAACUGCGAAACAGAAGUACUCGCCUGUUCUUCAAAUCCGUGUAUGAAUGGAGCUUCAUGUUCUGAGGCUGGAGCUGGUAAUGGUUACAUCUGUCAGUGCCCAACUGGUUAUACUGGGACAAAUUGCGAAACAGAAGUACUCGCCUGUUCUUCAAAUCCGUGUAUGAAUGGAGCGUCAUGUUUCGAGGCUGGAGCUGGUAAUGGUUACAUCUGUCAGUGCCCAACUGGUUAUACUGGGACAAAUUGCGAAACAGAAGUACUCGCCUGUUCUUCAAAUCCGUGUAUGAAUGGAGCUUCAUGUUCUGAGGCUGGAGCUGGUAAUGGUUACAUCUGUCAGUGCCCAACUGGUUAUACUGGGACAAAUUGCGAAACAGAAGUACUCGCCUGUUCUUCAAAUCCGUGUAUGAAUGGAGCGUCAUGUUUCGAGGCUGGAGCUGGUAAUGGUUACAUCUGUCAGUGCCCAACUGGUUAUACUGGAACAAACUGCGAGACAGAAGUACUCGCCUGUUCUUCAAGUCCAUGUCUGAACGGAGCUUCAUGUUUCGAGGCUGGAGCUGGUAAUGGCUACAUUUGCCAAUGUCCUGCUGGUUAUACUGGAACAAACUGCGAAACAGAAGUACUCGCCUGUUCUUCAAAUCCGUGUAUGAAUGGAGCUUCAUGUUUCGAGGCUGGAGCUGGUAAUGGUUACAUCUGUCAGUGCCCAAUUGGUUAUACUGGAACAAAUUGCGAAACAGAAGUACUGGCCUGUUCUUCAAAUCCAUGUUUAAAUGGAGCUUCAUGUUUCGAGGCUGGAGCUGGAAAUGGUUACAUAUGUCAGUGCCCAACUGGUUAUACUGGAACAAAUUGCGAAACAGAAGUGUUCGCCUGUUCUUCAAGUCCAUGUCUCAAUGGAGCAACUUGUAUGGAAGCCGGGGCUGGCAAUGGUUACUUUUGUCAGUGCCCAGUCGGCUUUAGUGGAACAAACUGUGCUACAGAGUUACUGGCAUGUUCUUCAAAUCCGUGUAUGAAUGGAGCUUCAUGUUUUGAGGCUGGAGCUGGAAAUGGUUACAUCUGUCAGUGCCCAACUGGUUAUACUGGAACAAAUUGCGAAACCGAAGUAUUAGCGUGUUCUUCAAGCCCCUGUCUGAACGGAGCUUCUUGUUUCGAGACUGGAGCUGGUAAUGGUUACAUCUGUCAGUGCCCAACUGGUUAUACUGGAACAAGCUGCGAAACAGAAGUACUUUCCUGUUCUUCAAGCCCAUGUCUGAACGGAGCUUCAUGUUUCGAGGCUGGAGCUGGUAAUGGUUACAUCUGUCAGUGCCCAACUGGUUAUACUGGAACAAAUUGCGAAACCGAAGUAUUAGCGUGUUCUUCAAGCCCCUGUCUGAACGGAGCUUCUUGUUUCGAGGCUGGAGCUGGUAAUGGUUACAUAUGUCAGUGCCCAACUGGUUAUACUGGAACAAGCUGCGAAACAGAAGUACUUUCCUGUUCUUCAAGCCCAUGUCUGAACGGAGCUUCAUGUUUCGAGGCUGGAGCUGGUAAUGGUUUCAUCUGUCAGUGCCCAGCUGGUUAUACUGGUACAAAUUGUGAAGAAGAAAUCCUCACCUGCUCUUCAAAUCCUUGUCUCAAUGAUGCAACAUGUAUUGAAGCUGGACCUGGAAAUGGUUACAUCUGCCAGUGUCCAUCAGGUUAUACUGGGACCAACUGUGAAGAUGAAAUCCUUAGAUGUUCCUCAAGCCCCUGUCUGAAUGGAGCAACUUGCAUGGAAUUUGGGGCCGGAAGUGGAUAUUUUUGUCAGUGCCCAUCAGGAUUUACCGGAACAAACUGUGAAACACCAGCUCCUACUCCAUGCGAAUCCUACCCCUGCUUGAAUGGUGCAGCAUGUUUUGAAUCUGAAAGCGGUGAUAGUUACUUCUGUCUCUGUGCUAUGGGUUAUUAUGGAACCCAUUGUGAUAUGAGAGUACCCGCUUGUACAUCUCAACCCUGUCUCAAUGGUGCUGUCUGUAUAAAUACUGAACUGGGUUAUAGAUGCAUUUGUGAAGAUGGGUUUCAGGGUGACAACUGUGAAGAACAAGUUCCAAGUUGUUCAUCAAACCCUUGUGUAAAUGGAGCAACUUGUAUGGAAUCCAGCUCAGGAUCGGGAUAUUUCUGUCUCUGCCCUGCAUCAUACACCGGACCUGACUGCGGAGAUCCAGUUCCAAGCUGUUCAUCAAACCCCUGUCAAAAUGGAGCAACUUGUAUGGAAUCCAGCUCAGGAUCUGGGUAUUUCUGUCUCUGCCCUGUAGCAUACACCGGACCUGACUGCGGAGAUCCAGUUCCUAGCUGUUCAUCCAACCCCUGUCUAAACGAAGCAACUUGCAUGGAGUCUAGCUCUGGGUCUGGGUAUUUUUGCCUCUGUCCGCCAGCUUAUACUGGCAGAGACUGUGGAACGAGAGUUCUUACCUGCCUGUCAAACCCAUGCAUGCACGGUGGGUCAUGUGCUGAAUUGGAUCGAGAUUUGGGAUACACCUGUGCGUGUCCUGAGGGUUUCAAUGGAACCAACUGUGAAACCCAAGUUUUCUCCUGUACUUCUAAUCCCUGUGAGAAUGGUGGAGUAUGUUCUGAGCUACCAGUUGGUUUUGGAUACACAUGCGCAUGUCCUACGGGAUACACAGGAACCAACUGCCAAACACAGCUCCUGUCCUGUACAUCUACUCCAUGCCUCAACGAGGGAACCUGCUUCGAAGUUGAAAGUGGCUUUAGAUAUUUUUGCCUGUGUCCUACUGGUUAUACAGGAUCCAACUGUGAAACGAGAGUGACUCCUUGCGACCCAAAUCCUUGUCAAAAUGGUGGAUAUUGUCUUGAAGCUGCUUCAGGGUUUGAUGUAUAUUGCAUCUGUCCUGAAGGUUACUAUGGUUCAUCCUGUGAAACAAAAGUUCCUGCUUGCGACUCUACGCCUUGUUUUAAUGGUGGACUGUGUUAUGAAUCUGAGUUUGGAUUUAAUUGCACAUGUCCGGAAGGAUUUAAUGGAACGCUCUGUGAAACAAGAGUUCUGGGUUGCAACUUUUCUUCAUGUUUGAAUGGUGGAUUGUGUUAUGAAUCUGACUUUGGAUUUAAUUGCACAUGUCCCCAAGGAUUCAAUGGAACGUUUUGUGAAACUCAAGUUUCUCCUUGUUACCCGAAUCCUUGUCAAAAUGGUGGAUAUUGUCUUGAGGCUGCUUUAGGGUUUGAUGUAUAUUGCAUCUGUCCUGAAGGUUACAAUGGGUCAUCUUGUGAAACAAAAGUUCCUGCCUGCGACUCUUCGCCCUGUUUGAAUGGUGGACUGUGUUAUGAAUCUGAAUUUGGAUUUGAUUGCAGAUGUCCCAAUGGAUUUAAUGGAACGUUUUGCGAAUUUCAAGUUCCUAUUUGUGACUCGUCACCUUGUUCUAAUGGUGGACUAUGCUACGAAUCCGAGUAUGGAUUUAAUUGCACAUGUCCCCAAGGAUUUAGUGGAAGUUUCUGUGAAACAAGAGUUCUCGGUUGCAAUUCUUCUUCAUGUUUGAAUGGUGGAUUGUGUUAUGAAUCCGAAUUUGGAUUUAAUUGCACAUGUCCCCAAGGAUUCAAUGGAACGUUUUGUGAAACUCAAGUUUCUCCCUGUGACUCAAAUCCUUGUCAAAAUGGUGGAUAUUGUCUUGAGGCUGCUUCAGGGUUCGAUGUAUAUUGCAUCUGUCCUGAAGGUUACAAUGGGUCAUCUUGUGAACCAAAAGUUCCUGCCUGCGAUUCUUCGCCCUGUUUGAAUGGUGGACUGUGUUAUGAAUCUGAAUUUGGAUUUAAUUGCACAUGUCCCAAUGGAUUUAAUGGAACGUUUUGCGAAUUUCAAGUUCCUAUUUGUGACUCGUCACCUUGUUCUAAUGGUGGACUAUGCUACGAAUCCGAGUAUGGAUUUAAUUGCUCAUGUCCCCAAGGAUUUAAUGGAACGUUUUGUGAAACAAAAGUUCUUUCUUGUGAUUCUUCUCCCUGUUCAAAUGGUGGAGUGUGCUAUGAAUCCGGGCUUAGAUUUAAUUGCACCUGUCCCCACGGAUUUAAUGGAACGUUAUGUGAAACUGCAGUGACAUCAUGUUCAUCAUCGCCAUGUCUAAAUGGAGGGAUUUGUUCUGAUUCUGUGAACGGUUCUCAAUACGCAUGUUCGUGUGUAAAUGGAUAUACAGGAGUAAAUUGUGAAAGUAGAGUGAGUCUGUGUGAUCCAAAUCCUUGCCUAAAUGGUGGAGAAUGUUUCCAGCUUCAGGGAAGGGGCAAUACAUACUUUUGUCGGUGCCCUGAAAACUACACAGGUCAACACUGUGAAAACAUAACAUCAUGUUCAUCAUCACCAUGCCAAAAUGGAGGGUUUUGCUCUGAUUUUGUGAACGAUUCUCAGUACACAUGUUCGUGUGUAAAUGGAUUUACUGGAGAAAAUUGUGAAAGUAGAGUGAGUCAGUGUAGUCCAAGUCCUUGUCUUAAUGGUGGUGAAUGUUUUGAACUUCAAGGAAACAGCAACACCUACUUUUGCCAAUGCCCUGAAAACUUUACAGGACAACACUGUGAAAACAUGUCAUCAUGUUCAUCAUCGCCAUGCCAAAAUGGAGGGGUUUGCACUGAUUCUGUGAACGGUUCUCAGUACACAUGUUCGUGUGUAAAUGGAUUUACUGGAGAAAAUUGUGAAAGUAGAGUGAGUUUAUGUGAGCCAAACCCUUGCCUCAACGGAGGAGAAUGCUUCCAGCUUCAAGAAAGUGGCAAUACAUACUUCUGUCAGUGCCCUGAAAACUACACAGGCCAACACUGUGAAAACAUGACAACAUGUUCAUCAUCACCGUGUCUCAAUGGAGGUAUGUGCUCGGAUUCAACAAAUGGUUCUCAAUACACAUGCUCUUGUGUAAAUGGAUUUACCGGUGAAAAUUGUGAAAGUAGAGUGAGUCAAUGUAGUCCAAGUCCUUGUCUUAAUGGUGGUGAAUGUUUUGAACUUCAAGGAAACAGCAACAGCUACCUUUGUCGAUGCCCUACAAACUUUACAGGACAACACUGUGAAAACAUGUCAUCAUGUUCAUUAUCACCCUGUCUGAAUGGAGGAAUGUGCUCUGAAUCUACUAACGGUUCUCAGUACACAUGUUCUUGUGUAAAUGGAUUUACAGGAGAAAACUGUGAAAGCAAAGUAAAUCUAUGUGAUUCCAGCCCUUGUCUCAACGGAGGAGAGUGCUUCCAGCAACAAGGAAACAGCAAUACAUACUUCUGUCAGUGCCCUGAAAAUUUCACAGGACAACACUGUGAAAACAUGACAUCAUGUUUAUCAACACCGUGUCUGAACGGAGGAAUUUGCUCAGAAUCCACGAACGGAUCUCAAUACACAUGUUCAUGUGUAAAUGGAUUUACAGGAGAAAAUUGUGAAAGUAGAGUGAGUCUAUGUAGUCCAAGUCCUUGUCUAAAUGGUGGUGAAUGUUUUGAACUUCAAGGAAACAGCAACACCUACUUUUGCCGAUGCCCAACAAACUUUACGGGACAACACUGUGAAAACAUUACAGCAUGUUCAUCAUCACCAUGUCUAAAUGGAGGGGUUUGCUCUGAUUCUGUGAACGGCUCUCAGUACACUUGUUCUUGUGUAAAUGGAUUUACUGGAGAAAAAUGUGAAAGUAGAGUGAACCUAUGUGAUCCUAACCCUUGUCUAAAUGGUGGAGAGUGUUUCCAGCUUCAAGGAAGCAGCAAUACCUACUUCUGUCAGUGCCCUGAAAACGUCACAGGGCAACACUGUGAAAACAUUCCUGUUUGUGACUCGUCACCUUGUUCUAACGGUGGGCUGUGCUAUGAAUCCGAGUUUGGAUUUAAUUGCACGUGUCCCCAAGGAUUUAAUGGAACGUUCUGUGAAACAAAAGUUCCUGUAUGCAGUUCAUCUCCGUGUCUCAAUGGUGGACAAUGCUAUGAAUCUGACUUUGGAUUUAAUUGCACAUGUCUAGAGGGAUUUAAUGGAACGCUCUGUGAAAUGAAAGUUCCUGUUUGCGACUCGUCACCUUGUUCUAAUGGUGGACUGUGCUAUGAAUCCGAGUUUGGAUUUAAUUGCACGUGUCCCCAAGGAUUUAAUGGAACGUUUUGUGAAACAAAAGUUUCUGUAUGCAGUUCAUCUCCGUGUCUCAAUGGUGGGCUGUGUUAUGAAUCCGAGUAUGGAUUUAAUUGCACAUGUCCCGAGGGAUUUAAUGGAACGAUUUGUGAAACUCAAGUGUCUCCCUGUGACCCAAAUCCUUGUCAAAAUGGUGGAUAUUGUCUUGAGGCUGUUUCAGGGUUUGAUGUAUAUUGCAUCUGUCCUGAAGGUUACAAUGGGCCAUCUUGUGAAACAAAAGUUCCUGCUUGCGACUCUACGCCUUGUUUUAAUGGUGGACUGUGCUAUGAAACUGAGUUUGGAUUUAAUUGCACAUGUCCGGAAGGAUUUAAUGGAGCUUUCUGUGAAACAAUAGUUCUCGGUUGCAAUUCUUCUUCAUGUUUGAAUGGUGGAUUGUGUUAUGAGUCUGAAUUUGGAUUCAAUUGCACAUGUCCCCAAGGAUUCAAUGGAACGUUUUGUGAAACUCAAGUUCCUGUUUGUGACUCGUCACCUUGUUUUAACGGUGGACUGUGCUAUGAAUCCGAGUUUGGAUUCAAUUGCACAUGUCCCCAAGGAUUUAAUGGAACGUUUUGUGAAACAAAAGUUCCUGUAUGCAGUUCAUCUCCGUGUCUCAAUGGUGGACAGUGCUAUGAAUCUGACUUUGGAUUUAAUUGCACAUGUCUAGAGGGAUUUAAUGGAACGCUCUGUGAAAUGAAAGUUCCUAUUUGUGACUCGUCACCUUGUUCUAAUGGUGGACUGUGCUAUGAAUCCGAGUUUGGAUUUAAUUGCACGUGUCCCCAAGGAUUUAAUGGAACGUUUUGUGAAACAAAAGUUUCUGUAUGCAGUUCAUCUCCGUGUCUCAAUGGUGGGCUGUGUUAUGAAUCCGAGUAUGGAUUUAAUUGCACAUGUCCCGAGGGAUUUAAUGGAACGAUUUGUGAAACUCAAGUGUCUCCCUGUGACCCAAAUCCUUGUCAAAAUGGUGGAUAUUGUCUUGAGGCUGUUUCAGGGUUUGAUGUAUAUUGCAUCUGUCCUGAAGGUUACAAUGGGCCAUCUUGUGAAACAAAAGUUCCUGCUUGCGACUCUACGCCUUGUUUUAAUGGUGGACUGUGUUAUGAAACUGAGUUUGGAUUUAAUUGCACAUGUCCGGAAGGAUUUAAUGGAGCUUUCUGUGAAACAAUAGUUCUCGGUUGCAAUUCUUCUUCAUGUUUGAAUGGUGGAUUGUGUUAUGAGUCUGAAUUUGGAUUCAAUUGCACAUGUCCCCAAGGAUUCAAUGGAACGUUUUGUGAAUCUCAAGUUCCUGUUUGUGACUCGUCACCUUGUUUUUACGGUGGACUGUGCUAUGAAUCCGAGUUUGGAUUCAAUUGCACAUGUCCCCAAGGAUUUAAUGGAACGUUUUGUGAAACAAAAGUUCCUGUAUGCAGUUCAUCUCCGUGUCUCAAUGGUGGACAGUGCUAUGAAUCUGACUUUGGAUUUAAUUGCACAUGUCUAGAGGGAUUUAAUGGAACGCUCUGUGAAAUGAAAGUUCCUAUUUGUGACUCGUCAUCUUGUUUUAAUGGUGGACUGUGCUAUGAAUCCGAGUUUGGAUUUAAUUGCACGUGUCCCCAAGGAUUUAAUGGAACGUUUUGUGAAACAAAAGUUUCUGUAUGCAGUUCAUCUCCGUGUCUCAAUGGUGGACAGUGCUAUGAAUCCGAGUCUGGAUUUAAUUGCACAUGUCCCGAGGGAUUUAAUGGAACGUCUUGUGAAAUUCAAGUGUCUCCCUGUGACCCAAAUCCUUGUCAAAAUGGUGGAUAUUGUCUUGAGGCUGCUUCAGGGUUUGAUGUAUAUUGCAUCUGUCCUGAAGGUUACAAUGGGCCAUCUUGUGAAACAAAAGUUCCUGCUUGCGACUCUACGCCUUGUUUUAAUGGUGGACUGUGCUAUGAAACUGAGUUUGGAUUUAAUUGCACAUGUCCGGAAGGAUUUAAUGGAGCUUUCUGUGAAACAAUAGUUCUCGGUUGCAAUUCUUCUUCAUGUUUGAAUGGUGGAUUGUGUUAUGAGUCUGAAUUUGGAUUCAAUUGCACAUGUCCCCAAGGAUUCAAUGGAACGUUUUGUGAAUCUCAAGUUUCUCCAUGUGAACCGAAUCCUUGUCAAAAUGGUGGAUAUUGUCUGGAGGCUGCUUCAGGGUCUGAUGUAUAUUGCAUUUGUCCUGAAGGUUACAAUGGGUCAUCUUGUCAAACAAAAGUUCCUGCCUGUGACUCUUCGCCCUGUUUGAAUGGUGGACUGUGUUCUGAAUCUGACUUUGGAUUUAAUUGCACAUGUCCAGAAGGAUUUAAUGGAACAUUUUGUGAAACGCAAGUAUUUGCAUGUCCUUCAGAGCCUUGUCUUAAUGGUGGAAACUGCUCAGAAAUUCCAUAUGGAAUCGGCUACAAUUGUUCUUGUCUCGAUGGGUUUACAGGAGACAUAUGUCAACAUAAAGUGUUUGCAUGUUCAUCCAAUCCUUGUCGACACGGUGGAACUUGCUCAGAAUUUUUAGAAGACUUUGGCUUUAACUGUUCCUGUCAAGAUGGAUUUUAUGGUGAUAUGUGUCAAAACAGAGUGCUUGCAUGUUCAUCUGCUCCUUGUCUAAAUGGUGGAACUUGCUCUGAAUUUCUGGAAGACUUCGGAUACAAUUGUUCCUGUCCAGAAAGUUUUAUUGGCAAUAUCUGCCAAACCAAAGUGCUAGCUUGUUCAUCAUCUCCUUGUCUGAAUGGUGGAACUUGUUCUGAAUAUCUGGAAGACUUUGGCUACAAUUGCUCCUGUCCAGACGGCUUUACAGGAGACAUUUGUCAAACAAGAGUUUUGGCUUGUUCGUCAUCUCCUUGUCUCAAUGGUGGUACUUGCUCUGAAUAUCUGGAAGGUUUUGGCUACAAUUGUUCCUGUCCAGAUGGUUUUACAGGAGAUAACUGUCAAACCAGAGUUUUGGCUUGUUCAUCAUCUCCUUGUCUAAAUGGUGGAACUUGCUCUGAAUAUCUAGAAGAUUUUGGCUUCAAUUGCUCCUGCCCAGACGGCUUUACAGGAGCCAUUUGUCAAACAAGAGUUUUGGCUUGUUCAUCAUCUCCUUGUCUAAAUGGUGGAACUUGCUCUGAAUAUCCGGAAGGUUUUGGCUACAAUUGUUCCUGUCCAGAUGGUUUUACAGGAGAUAACUGUCAAACCAGAGUUUUGGCUUGUUCAUCAUCUCCUUGUCUAAAUGGUGGAACUUGCUCUGAAUAUCUAGAAGAUUUUGGCUACAAUUGUUCCUGUCCAGAUGGUUUUACAGGAGAUAACUGUCAAACCAGAGUUUUGGCUUGUUCAUCAUCUCCUUGUCUAAAUGGUGGAACUUGCUCUGAAUAUCUAGAAGAUUUUGGCUUCAAUUGCUCCUGCCCAGACGGCUUUACAGGAGCCAUUUGUCAAACAAGAGUUUUGGCUUGUUCAUCAUCUCCUUGUCUAAAUGGUGGAACUUGCUCUGAAUAUCCGGAAGGUUUUGGCUACAAUUGUUCCUGUCCAGACGGCUUUACAGGAGACAUUUGUCAAACAAGAGUUUUGGCUUGUUCAUCAUCUCCUUGUCUAAAUGGUGGAACUUGCUCUGAAUAUCCGGAAGGUUUUGGCUACAAUUGUUCCUGUCCAGAUGGUUUUACAGGAGAUAACUGUCAAGCCAGAGUUCUGGCUUGUUCAUCAUCUCCUUGUCUAAAUGGUGGAACUUGCUCUGAAUAUCUGGAAGAUUUUGGCUUCAAUUGCUCCUGUCCAGACGGCUUUACAGGAGACAUUUGUCAAACAAGAGUUUUGGCUUGUUCAUCAUCUCCUUGUCUAAAUGGUGGAACUUGCUCUGAAUAUCCGGAAGGUUUUGGCUACAAUUGUUCCUGUCCAGAUGGUUUUACAGGAGAUAACUGUCAAACCAGAGUGUUGGCUUGCUCAUCAUCUCCUUGUCUAAAUGGUGGAACUUGCUCCAAAUAUCUGGAAGAUUUUGGCUUCAAUUGCUCCUGCCCAGACGGCUUUACAGGAGCCAUUUGUCAAACAAGAGUUUUGGCUUGUUCAUCAUCUCCUUGUCUAAAUGGUGGAACUUGCUCUGAAUAUCCGGAAGGUUUUGGCUACAAUUGUUCCUGUCCAGAUGGUUUAACAGGAGAUAACUGUCAAACCAGAGUGUUGGCUUGUUCAUCAUCUCCUUGUCUAAAUGGUGGAACUUGCUCCGAAUAUCUGGAAGACUUUGGCUACAAUUGUUCCUGUCCAGAUGGUUUUACAGGAGAUAACUGUCAAACCAGAGUGUUGGCUUGUUCAUCAUCUCCCUGUCUAAAUGGUGGAACUUGCUCCGAAUAUCUGGAAGAUUUUGGCUUCAAUUGCUCCUGUCCAGACGGCUUUACAGGAGACAUUUGUCAAACAAGAGUUUUGGCUUGUUCAUCAUCUCCUUGUCUAAAUGGUGGAACUUGUUCUGAAUAUCUGGAAGAGUUCGGCUACAAUUGUUCCUGUCCAGAUGGUUUUACAGGAGAUAAUUGUCAAACAAGAGUUUUGGCUUGUUCAUCAUCUCCUUGUCUAAAUGGUGGAACUUGUUCUGAAUAUCUGGAAAAGUUCGGCUACAAUUGUUCCUGUCCAGAUGGUUUUACAGGAGAUAACUGUCAAACAAGAGUUUUUGCAUGUUCGUCUGACCCUUGUGAAAAUGGUGGCUAUUGCUCAGAACGUCUUGAAGGUUUUGGCUUCAAUUGUUCCUGUCCUGAAGGUUUUGAUGGAACUGUCUGUGAAAACAGAGUGUUUGCAUGCUCGUCAUCUCCCUGCUUAAAUGGCGGAAGUUGUGCAGAUUUCUUUGAAAAAUUUGGAUACGUUUGCUCCUGUCCUGAGGAGUUUUAUGGAGAUAAUUGUCAACACAGAGUGAGUCCAUGUACCCCAAGUCCAUGUCUUAAUGAUGGAGAAUGUUUCCAGCUUCAAGGAAGCAGCAGCUUAUACUUCUGUCUAUGUCCUGAGAAUUAUGUUGGACGGCACUGUGAAAUCACGCCUGCAUGCUCAUUAUCACCCUGUUUAAAUGGAGGAUCUUGCUCAGAAUCCACGAACAGUUCUCAAUAUACAUGCACCUGUGCACUCGGAUUUACAGGAGUAAAUUGUGAAAGUAGAGACUUUGCAUGCUUAUCAUCUCCCUGUAUGAAUGGGGGAGGUUGUGUAGAAUUCGAAGAUAGCUUCGGAUAUUCUUGUGUCUGUCCUUUUCCUUUCACCGGUGACAACUGUGAAAGUACAGUAUCUGCUUGUGCAUCCUUACCCUGUCUCAAUGGAGCAGGCUGUCAGGAAUUUACUUCCGGUGUCGGAUACAGCUGCAACUGCCUUCAAGGAUUUACAGGAACUCGCUGCGAGACGCGAGUGUUUGCCUGCAAUUCCAACCCUUGUGUGAAUGGGGCUUGUUCAAACCAAAAUGACGGCAGCUAUUCAUGUAACUGUCCGUCUGGAUUUACAGGAACGAAUUGCGAAACAGUCGUCUUCCCUGAUGGCUGUGCUUCAUCCCCUUGUGCGAAUGGAGUGUGCUUUACUGCAGGAUCAGGAAACGGUUAUCUCUGCAUAUGUAAUACAGGAUUCACUGGAACCAACUGUGAAUUUGAGGUGUUCGAGCCCUGCUCCAGUUCACCAUGUUUCAAUGGUGCAACUUGUCUUACUGAGAGUGAUAGGUCAGGGUAUACAUGUGCUUGUGCACCCGGUUUCAUCGGAACAAACUGCCUAAAUGCAGUGAACCCAUGUCUACCUAACCCGUGUGACAAUGGUGGGUUCUGCUCAAGUACACAAUCAGGAAAUUAUGUAUGUACCUGUCCUGAUGGCUUUACAGGAACGAACUGCGAAAACCUUGUGAGUCCAUGUAGUCCAAGUCCAUGUUCUAAUGGCGGAGUAUGCUUCCAGCUUCAUGGAGGCAGUAGUAAUUACUACUGUCAAUGCCCACCCAACUAUGAGGGGCAAAACUGCGAAUACAUGUCUCCGUGCAAUCCAAACCCCUGUCAGAAUGGAGCAGCCUGCUCGGUGGUCUUAGGCCAGUCCACCGAUUACCAGUGUAAUUGUGUCCCGGGAUUCCUGGGAGAAAAUUGCGAGUUAGUAGAUCCAUGCUCAAAUAAUCCAUGCGUUCGUGGACAGUGUUUCGUCAGCUCAACGAACGUUGAUUUCUUCUGCAUAUGCCCUGUCGGAUACGUGGGCAACACUUGCAAUGAGGUCGAAGAUCGUUGUGCAUCAAGCCCAUGUCUGAACGGGGCCACCUGUCUUACUAAUGGACUUACGGUAACUUGCCAGUGUACUCCCGACUUUUCCGGCGAAUUCUGCGGAACAUAUGAACCAUCGAGUCCAUGUGACUCAGACCCAUGCCAAAAUGGUGGAGGAUGCUAUGUUGAUGGACUUAACUCUCUUCAAUGUGUAUGUCCAGUAUACUACAGUGGUGAUUUCUGUGAAUUCUUUACACCUCCCAAUGUAUGUGAUUCGAAUCCAUGUGGUGGGAAUGGAAUAUGCAGCAACUUCAUCAGCUAUUUCACUUGUCAAUGUAUCAACGGUUACACUGGAUUGACGUGUUCAGAGCCACCCAGUCCAUGCCUGUCAAAUCCUUGUAAAAAUGGAGGUUCUUGUAACACAUUUGGGACAUCAUAUUCAUGUGACUGUAGCACGUCUCCAUUAGGUUACACUGGUAUUACAUGUGAAGUUGCACCCAACCCAUGUUUAUCGGGUCCAUGUCUUCGUGGUCAAUGCCUGAACCGUUUCACCAGCUAUGAAUGUGAUUGUUCACUUACUGGAGGUUAUUCAGGAGACAGAUGUGAAAUUGCCCCUGAUCCAUGUGACAGCGUGGUAUGCUUAAACGGAGGUCUGUGUAACAGAGGAACGUGUGACUGCUCCAAUACCGGCUAUGCUGGCACCUCUUGUGAAAUAUUGACCGAUCCAUGUGUUUCAGACCCUUGUCGCAACGGAGGGACUUGUAACAACUUUGGAUCAUUUUAUCGAUGUGAUUGCACUCCAGCAUUCGAUGGGGAUGUAUGUGAAAUAUAUGUGGAUCCUUGUGAAGCUUUUAACCCAUGUUUAAAUGGGGCAACAUGCGCAGAUCUAGGAACAGGGGAUUACUUCUGUAGCUGUCCAAUCGGUUUUGAGGGUGAUCGCUGUGAUACAGUUAUCAACUACUGCGAGAGUGAUCCAUGUCAAAAUGGCGGCGCUUGCCAACUGAUGCAGAACAUGUAUGGCUACAUGUGUGAAUGUCCUGUCGGCUAUGGAGGAAUCAACUGUGAAAUUCUCGUUGAUACCUGCCUGAGCAAUCCAUGUCUGAAUGGAGGUCAAUGUAUUGAGCAAUCCGGGUUUACGUAUUCAUGUGUUUGCACCAGCCAAUGGACAGGAAAUAAUUGCUCUGAACCUGUGGAUGCAUGUGAUAGUAAUCCUUGUGAGUAUGGUGGAGAAUGCACAAACUACUUCACAUACUUCGUCUGCACCUGCCCUCCGGGACGAUGGGGUUCCAGGUGUGAGAAUGAUUUUGAUGAAUGCACAAGUAAUCCAUGCCUUAACAAUGGAUUCUGUGAGAAUGGAAAUAAUACCUACUCCUGCACCUGCCAACGAGGCUUUGAAGGCGAUCAUUGUGAAAUCAACAUCAAUGAUUGUGAUUCAAAUCCAUGCCAGAACAAUGGCAUAUGUACAGAUGGGAUCGACCGGUUCACCUGUACGUGUGAUACUGGAUUCACUGGACCUACAUGUGCAGAGCUGCUUGAUACAUGUGCAAGUAAUCCUUGUCUAAAUGGAGCAACCUGUAAUAAUCUCUUCAACUCGUACCAGUGCCUAUGCCCAAGGGGGUGGAGUGGCACAAACUGUGAAUCAGUUACCAGCUGCAACGUUGACUACUACCUGGAAGGAUGUGCUGCUGUAGUGAUCACUAGCCCAAAUUAUCCUGGAAGCUAUGAUGACAACAAUACCUGCUCCUGGCUGGUCAUCUCCAACGAAAGGAACCGCCUGCACAUCCAGAUCACAGACUUCAUGACUGAAGAUUCUUAUGACACCCUAGAGAUUGGCGGUGGCGCCCUCAUUGGGAACCCAGUUUCCCUCUUCUCAGGUGGAGUCCUGUCGGGACCUGAAGAGCCUGUGAACUUCACCUCAGCUCAGACCACCAUCUGGAUGCGAUUUGUCACUGAUCCCGAUAAGAGUGAGAGAGGAUUCAGAGCUGUGGUUACUGAUCUUUGUGACAUUGACUUCCCGUGUGCAAGCAACCCUUGCCAGAAUAAUGGAGAAUGUGUGAAUACCAAUGACAACCUCCAGUAUUUCUGCAGAUGUGCUCCAGCUUUUACAGGCGAUAAUUGUGAAAUUUCUGUGCCAACACCUUGUGAUAGCAACCCCUGCUUAAAUGGCGGUAGCUGCUUCUUCAAUCCCGCCACUGAUCGGUUUGUCUGUGAUUGCCCUGAUGGUUGGACAGGCACUAAUUGUGAAGAAGAAAUCAUGAUCAUGUGCCCUGAGGGUUAUUGUUUGAACGGAGGAACAUGUGCUAUCGAUGUCAAUGAGCAGCCACAGUGUAGCUGUCCAGAAGGAUAUGUCGGUGACAGAUGUAACAUAGAACAAUGUCCUCCUGACUACUGUGGUGUGAAUAGUAUCCAGUGCUUUGUUGCCAGUGCUGGUGUUUACUCAUGUCAGUGCACAGCAGGUUACACUGGAUCACAGUGUGAAACAAAUAUUGAUGAAUGUGGAAGUGACCCAUGUCAGAACAAUGGUGUAUGCAUAGAUGGUAUGAAUGGCUAUGAAUGCCAGUGUAAUGACAUGUUCAGAGGUAGCAAUUGUGAAAUACCUUCAAAUGCUUGCAUUGGAAAUGAACCAUGUGAGAAUGGGGCUGCCUGUAUGGCUGAUACUAGCGGUGUCAACUUGUGUGUUUGCACUCCAGGCUUUGAGGGAACCCUCUGUGAAACUCCCAUCAACGAAUGUUCAAGCAACCCAUGCAGGAACAAUGGAGUGUGUAUAGAUAGUCUAGACCGAUAUGUCUGUGUGUGCAAAACUGGUUUUACAGGAGACGACUGCUCAGAAACUUCUGAUGGUAAUAACAACAACCUUCCCCAAGCUGAUGCGAGCAAUCUCCUUAUUGAGCCCUGGUGGAUAGCUUUAAUUUGCCUGAUUGGCCUCCUCUUUGUCAUCUUCAUCGUUGUAUGCCUCUGCACAAUGAAACGACAGGAUGAUCUAGACAAGAAGAAACUAAUGGCACUCAGUGCAUAGAAGAUGGAAUGUUACCAGACCAGGCUCAUGCGCCACAUCAGUAGAUAAAAUGCAUGAAACAUUAAACGUCAUGAGCUUUGACCUUUCCUGGACUUUACAAGAACAGCUUUUAAUUAAAUCGUAAUCAAUGGAAUGGGACUAGGUCUUUGCAAUUCUUCCUGCAUAAUAAUAUGUUAAUUUUUUUAAUGAAUAGAGCAUAUGAGAAAUUAUAAAAGUCAUUUCAAAGACACUAUAAUGUUACAUGAAAAAUAAUGUUGCAUUAUAAUUAUGUCAAAUGCUCCACCUUUUUCUAAAUUCGAAAUGCAUAAGCAUACAUGGAAAUGAAUUUGAACGACAGAUCAUUGUGUGCUUUUGAAGUGAGUUAUCAUAAAUUCUGUAAAAUGGAAUCAUUAUAUUUAAUUACAUGCAGCAUGUCCUUCAAAAAAUAUCUUUCCACUAAACAACUACAAAAGCAAGUAUUCCCAAUUGAGUGCUCUGAAAUAAAAAGCCCAUUAAAUUUUGUAAUUUCUAUUUUACUUUAAUUGGUAUUGCUUCAAUAGUUUUGAUUAAACAGUCCAUAAUGUAAGUGCUUCAAUGCUUUUCAGCCUGGGUAACUAAUAGUUGCACUCUGUAUCUUUAGGCAUAAAGCACUAUAUAAAUCCAGCUAUCAGCUAUCAUUAUCAUAACUGGGCGUGGUGGCGUGCGCCUGUAAUCCAAGCUUUGGGGAAGUUACAAAUUGAUGCAGAGGUUCGAGGUUCGAGCCCUGGUCACGUCUUUCGGAUAGUGACGUUAAAGGUCGGUCCCAGACGUAAAUAAUCAUAUCUGAUUGAUACACGUCUGACAAAACUCAAAUACACACACACACUCAUUGUUAUUAUGAAAUUAAAGGUCAACAUGUCCCUCCUUUGAACAUAUCCAAGAAUUGACUAAAGAAAUUUCUCAGAUCUGACAAGGUGAAUCAAGCCAUCACCAUGAUUUUAAAAAUGGCAAGAAACUCCCACUGUAAAGAUUAUUGAUGAUAGUAUACAUCACCCAAUACACGAUAAAUGUUGAUUUUUGACAGUGAUAUUAUAGGGAUACAAUAAAAAGAAAUACAACAAAAGAUGUACAUUGAAGGACUAUGUAACCAUAAGUAGAGCACAUAAAGCAAAAAUUAUCAGUCAAACUAAAAUUUGAUUUGUUUUCAUUUUAAAAGUUAAUAAACCUGACCUUAUAAAAUAAUAAAACAAGAAUUCAAUAUGAAAUUGAAGCAGAGGACAAAGUAAGCCUAUUUGGUAGUCUAUAUUUGUAGUAUAGUGUGAAUUACCCUUAGUUAAACUGGAAAUGGGCCAAAAAGCAAUGAUGUUAUGGAGGUAUUUGAAUUCAAAACUAAUAACCGAUACCUAUACUAUAUUUAUGGAAAGUACAAAAUUGAUUGGGCUUUUUAAAUCUCUAAACUCAAGUGAGCAUAAAGCUUGAAUUUUGUAAUUAUUCAGAAGUUUAUGAUAAAGCCAUUUUAUUCGGCCGACACACUGCAUUCGCCCGACACACUGUACUCGCCCCAGCUAUCGAGCAUUAAUGAUGAAUGGUUUAUUUUAUAGAUAGAAUCCUCAAUUUCAGAGGUUGAUUUAAAAAGAUUGUUAACAUAAUUAUGUUUUUUGUACUGAUUACGAUGAAAAUCUGGUAAUUGUUUUAGAUGUAAGUUUGAACGUCAGUGCCGGACAUUGAUUAAAAAAAACUCAUGGUGAUUGUAUUCUUAUAGAAAAAAAGGUGGUUUUUGUGUGGAUGUAUUGAAUAUCUGUUCUAUUGAUUUGACUAUGUGUGAUGAAUCUAUCUAUGGACCACCCUGCAGUAGUCAAACGGAAAGCAUGGAGAUAAGAGAAUAUAUUCAUGACAAUAUGUAUUCAUUAAAGUUAAUACGUUUUAUAAAAUCAAGUAUUCGAGGAAAGAUAUAUAUCUAAAAUGGAUUGGGUAAUAAUAUUUGACUAAAUUGAAAGAGGUAGUUUUCCUUACAACAUACAAUUUUCAAUUCUGUUAAUUGUUUGAUAUGCAAACGUUUCACCAAAUUUGAUAAAGAUGUUUUGUUUAUCAUUAUUGGUGUUGGUUCUUUGUUGUGUUUUGGGGUAUUUUUUUAACUGUCUGAUAAUGAUAUUACAAAUGCUGUAUUUAAAUAAUGCAUGCUUAAUCAGUAUUCCAAAUUAUGGCAGUGUCUUUCGAAAUCCAAAUAGCUUUCAAAUAAAAGCAAUAAUUGUCCUUUUUCUCGCUGUUCAUCUCAUAUUACGGGCAUACUUGAUUAAAAAACGCAAUUACUUAUCCAAUCAACCGGGCUCAAGUGCCUUGUAAUUUGUUCAUAUUAAAGUUAUUGAUUGUAAUUCAUCAAUUAAUCUAUUCUUUCAUGUUCAAUGAUAAUAUAUUUUUUUCCAAAUUUGUUUUUUUCUUUAUUGAUUACUAAUAUUUGUAUUUAUGUUUUUUAAUGUGAAAUUAAUUUACAUUUAAUGCAAAUUACUUGAAAAUAAAUUUCAUCAUUGCCCAAUAGUCUUUCAAAUGGGAAUUAGAGGUUGCGCAGUCGACUUGAUUAAAAAAUUAUUUUAAUUUUUGAACAUUACACUUAGAUUAGAUCUUUAAUUAAAUUCUACUUCAAAAAAGUCUGAUAAUUUGCACUUAUUCUCUAUUCUGAUCAUAUAUAUAUAGUGUGCAUUGAUGUAUGUGAAAUAUGCAUUUUUCUUUUCGCGUUUAGUAGUUUUACUUUUUUUAUUUCGUAUGGGAAAUUUGUGUGCCAUGAAAUUCUCAUUCUUUUUUGCAUUAAUACGACAAUGAUUUAUACAUAUGUUGAUCUUGUAGAUCUGUAAUUUUAAUUUCUCAGCGUCAUAAACUUUUAUAUAAUGGAAAUACUGUUCGCUUUUACUGAAAUUUGAGGCUAUGUAGUUAAAUUUCCUUCUCAUUUUCCCCAUAGAUUUUUAGAUUCCUUCCUCUAUUGUAGAACUUGAUCAUUUUAAGUCAUUCAUCACUAUACAAUAUAUUUCAACGAAGUUAUGAAAUGUAAUGAUUUUUAUAUGAAAAUAAACUUAUGAAUAUUGUAA